CUCCUCCUUGUCACGUGCCUCUUUGGCGCCGAAACUCGUCUCUUUUCGCCGGUUGCUUCUCAAACAACGGCCGUAAUUCCAACUGGAAAUAACAAAUUUCAGAUUCCUAAAGAAUUUCCUCAACUACUAAAACUUCUCAGCUAGCGUUCUUGAUUCCAUCAGAUCCUUAAAUUCAAUCUCCAUCCCGAAUGAAGCCAAGAAAUCAUCAAUUUAGCUCUAGGGAUCCGUCGCCGAUUACAAUUCCGUCCACUCUAGAUUUCCACGGUGUUGCGACCGAUUCUCGAGCAAACAAAGAUUCAAGCCGUAAAAAGAGGCCGAAUUCUGCAGAUGUGUAUGGUGGGAAUCCUUCUGGUUUCAAUAUAGAUGAUUCUUUGCCUAGAAGAGGGACUUAUGGUUCUAAAUCUAUUGGUCCUAAAACUUCUGAGUAUGCAUUCUUCAAGAAAUUAAAGACGGAUUCUAGCCACAAGUUUCAGUCUCUAUCAAUUAAUAAGGAGGAAUACAGAUUAAAAAAGUCAAGUUCCAGUAAGUGUCGUGGAGAUGGGAAUAGCACGGUAAGGAACGACAUCUCUAACUAUGCAGAAGGGACAAAUAUUUUUAGGAGCAGCUCUAGGGACUUCAGACCCACUUCCCCUAUGGAAAAUUUCACAUGUAUGGACUUUGAUCCAUUCCUCUCACCAGUUGAAAGAGCAGCAAAGAACUCAAAGGUCACUAUGAACAAAGCUUUUUCACCCUUGGAAGAUACAUGCAGCAUAGAGAAAUGGAUAGGAAAAGAUUGUGAUGACAGGGAACCUCGAGAUAUCUUUUCUAGGAAGAGACAGAAACUGCGCCAGUGGGUUGCUGAUUGCUCAUUUCCUGAUAUCGAUGAACUCUGCUCUAAGGGGCAUGAUUUUGUGUCUCUGCUUCUUAGUCGGCUAUUCCCUGGCGACAAUGAGAAGAAUAGUUCAAAUACUCCAGAGUCAUGGUCAAUGGAGAUCAAUACCAAAUAUAAGAUACUAGCUUCAACUGAGCAAGACAUUCAUUUCAAGAAACUUCAUUGGAUGCCCACAAGAAACUUGGCAGGAGUUGAAUAUAUGCCAUCCUUGGAAAAUGGUCCUUCAUCCCAUUGGUCAGGCAGCUUAAAAUAUGAAUCGCCUCCACUAUCCAGACGCCCUCUCAAGGAGCUGGAUGAUUUCCACAGCUUCAAUGGAUCUUUGCUUGGAAGAGAACUACCUGCUCUACUGCUAGAAUGGGACUUCAAAAACAUGACAAAUGAAAAAAGCUUGGCAAUUGCUUGUCAAAAUGCAGAUUUGAUGGGGAAUUCCUUCGAACUGAAUUCAUGGGAUCAUCAGGAAUAUCAGAGUAAUGAGUUUGAAUCAUUUGGUCCAAGUAAAUUGCGUGAGUCAUCUAUCCUUGCCAAUUAUCCUCAAACUUUUUGUCCAUUACCGUCCUCCCAUCCUCUCAGCUACGAGCAGUAUGACUAUGAGUUUACAGAAUACAUUCUUGAAGAAGAUAAAGAUAGAGCUGCAGAUUUUAAGUACCGUCUUCCUUUGACCUUGUCGGGUACAGCCACAUGUCCUUAUCUAACUGAAGAUUGCAAUGAUGAGACGACGUGUAAUGGUAGUGACAGCUUCUUUUCUCCUGAAAGUCACAGUUCAUCUGUAGGCAAGGUUUCUAAUGAGGAGCAUCAUAGUCUUGGCUAUGAAACUCCCCUGAAUUCCUAUGGGGGGAGGUUCUUAUCAUUAAGUUGCUCAAUAGAAGAGCAUCACUCUCCAUGUCAUUUUCUUGAAUUUCCCCUAAAGGAGAUCAUAUUGCCACACUUGAAUUCUGAAGAUGAGCAUUGGAGUUCCCUGGAUGGUUCAAGAUAUAGAAAAAAGCUCAAAAAUUUUUCUAGUUACAUGAUAGACAUCCACGGCUGGCCAUCCUUCUUCCAGUCAUCUUUGGAGAAAGAGAAGACAUGUCCCUUGGUUCCUGAUAACUCAAGCUGGGAGGAAUCUAGGGGAGAAAAACAUUAUGAUGAUAGUGAAAUGGCCGGCUUUGAUCCUUCCUCUGCAUUUUGGUGUGGUCCUUAGUCCCUUACAAUUCAUUAAGAAUGAAAUGCUGUACGUAGCAAGGCCUCGACAAUUUGUAGUUCGUUUUCUCCCUAGCCUACACAGCCUGCAAAUCGAAGCUUAUGAGAAUUGUCAUUUGUGGUUGUUCUCAAUCCUGAAGAGCACGCAAUCUGACUUGGCUAUACCUCAACUUGGUAAGCCAAGAAGUAAAUGGACUAGAUUUAAACCUACUCAUAAUUGUCAUUUGUGGUUGUUCUUACUCGCAACUUCGGAUUAACUACUCCAACAUCUGCUAUUAAUUCAGGUAAUUUCAUGUCCCAGAAGUAAAUGGACUAGAUUUAA